AUGGAAGAUUGUAUCAGUCGUUUAGACACCAUAUCAGAUACCUGCCUUUUGAUGUUGCACCUAGAGCUGCGAGUGCAUUGCUUCUUCCAUCUUCUCCCAUUAGCUAGGCCUAGAAACGUCAGCGUUCAUGAAGAACUGGAUCCUGAGGUUAUCGAACUAGGACGAGACCUUCAAUCUUUCUAUCAGCUUCUUUCAUCUAUACUUUCGCAGCCAAAACUUCGCUACAUCUUUGACGGGCUGGGACAUUUAUGUGCUGCUAUAUUUAUCCAUUCAAGCCAGCAUAUGCCGCGCCUAUCCGAAGCUGGAAAGAAGCGAGUUUGUCGAAAUAUCUGGGGUGUGCAGCAGCGAUUGUCACAGAUCACUUCAAGAAGAGAAGCUGAACUCGACAGAGCGCGGGCUUUCUUUGAGCUAUUAGCUCAUGAACCAGAUCGCCUCCUAGCUCAACUGCCAGACCGGCGCUCCCAGUUCACUCCCGUGGAAAUGAGCCAUCUGGUUGCCCUUUCCGUACGUUCGCAUCCAACACUUGCAAGUCAGCAUGGUGCUCUUGAGCAACGGCUUGCACAACUUUCCGCAUUGCUGAAGCAACCUAUCUAA